CUUGGUUCUUGGCCAUCUGCAUCCAUAAUAGUAGUCCGUACGCACAUGGCUUCAUGCUGCUUAAGUUGAUGAAAGAUGAGCAGCUCGUCCUUUCAAGCUGCGACGACCGCUUUCCGCAAGGCUUUUGACGUAGCGCCAAAGAACAUAGCGAAAUGGUUUCCUACGCACAUGUAUACAGGCAUGAAGGACAUGCAGCGCAAGCUCAAGUCAGUGGAUUGUGUCCUGGAACUUCACGAUGCCCGAGUUCCAUUGAGCGGCCGAAAUCCGCACUUUCUGUCCAUGCUUGCGGCCAUCAAACCACACGUGCUGCUUCUCAACAAGGCCGACCUCGCCGACCCCAACCUCAAGGCGACUGUUGCCCAGCAGUUGCGUGACCAGGGCACACAAAACGUCCUCCACAUCCGCAGUACGGAGCCGAGCCGCAACGUUGAUAAGAUUGUGCCCAUGGUUGCAGACCUAAUUCGCAAGUCGGAGCGCUACAACCGGCAUGAGGCGUUUGACUACACCAUCAUGGUGAUUGGCAUUCCAAACGUUGGCAAGUCGUCUCUCAUCAAUGCCCUCCGGAAGAUGCACCUGGGCAGGACAGGCCCCGCCACGCGUGUUGGUGCUACAGCAGGCGUCACCAUGCGUGUCCUGGAACGCAUCAAGAUCAGCGAGGACCCACUGAUGUAUCUGCUGGACACACCUGGCAUUUUGAGUCCUGCCACAAACGACCCCCAGACGGCGCUGCAGUUGGCACUGUGCGGCUGUAUGCUGGACCACCUGGUUGGAAACGUGCUAAUGGCUGACUACCUGCUUUAUUGGCUCAACCAGCAGCACAAUUACAGUUACGUUGACUACUUGGGGCUAGAUGGGCCAUGUGAUGACAUUCGACUUGUCCUGUACAAGACUGCAAUCAACAUGCGUGUAUUAAACAAAGUGCGCACCUACGAAGGAUGGAGCCUGCGCCCCAACCAGGAGGCAGCAGCUGCGAACUUUAUCCAGGGCUUUCGAAGAGGCCUUCUCGGCCGGAUCACAUUUCUGCCAGAUUCAGAAAAAGGCAGCCUGGUCGCUGCAAGGCAACCCAGUGCGUAGUAGCUUAAUUAGGUAUAACUUGAGACCACUGCACGUGCAUCGUAAGAUUCCUUCUUUGUGGAGUCGUUCACCUACCACUCAUCAUAACAAGACCCUUCAUGCUAGCACAAGACACGCGAGAACUGUGGACCCUGAUAAGAAAGACGAUAGAAUGAACGAAAAACUAGUGCUUUGGAUUAUCUUCUACUGUGGGCAAAUUUAUUGUUUACACCCACACCCCCCUUGGCAAUCAAGCAUCCAGGUCAAGGUUUCAUUGUCAUUGCUUAUUGCAAGGCUCAUAUAACAUUGCUUUAAACCCACCUCUAGAAGCUGUUGCCACGUACGGCCUGCCAGAGGCUUCUACUAGACACUGGAGACGCAUCUGCAGUGGUCUGAAGAUGAAUCCCAGCUGAUCGCAUGAUCUUGUUUUUUGUUUUCUGCGGAUCCUCACUUUGUCAACAUGUGGUAUAAACUGAUUGGCUUACCAUGUUGUUACUGUGAAGAUGGAUGUUUAUCAGCAUUGUUAGGUGAAAACGUGCGAGCAAAUACGCUAGGUGAGCCUUUUUUGAAGAUGGCAGUGAAGCAUGGAGGACAUUGCUGUGCAGGGGUUGGUAACAUAGUAGGAAGCUGCUCCUGCCUCGAGCGCACUAUUUGUCAACUGGUCAACACUGCAUCUUGGACAAGCUCAGCCUGUGCUAGUGAGAAUCUGGGUGGUGCUGCACCUCCCUAUUUCAAGUUAUUUCAGGCUCCCAAGCAAAACUAGCUAGUCAGGCCUAAUGCUGAUGUUUUGCAGAGAUGACUGUCGUGAAGUAGGUUCAGUAUAAGUUAACACCAGAAGCUACUGUGUCUUUGGUAUUUUUCUUUCACAACAGAGCUAUAAAAGGGACCCCUAAGAGACAGCCGAAUCUCUUUAAAUUGACAGAGUGCUCUAUGAAAACUCUAAUGUUGUUAAUUUUACCGUCAAAAGUUUAACAAAGGAGGAAGUCAAGGCCAAUAUUCUAUUUUAAAAUUUCAUGCCGAUAUCCUUUUGCAUGGUCAUAGAUGUCCAAACGCUUUCGUCUUUUGACAACAUUGGCUCAACGAGAUUUAAUGAAGCAUUAUACGUUAAGAGUAUGGCCUGCUCAGAGAUCACCGUAAUGCAUUUUUAUUGAUUAGGAGCUUAGUAAAUACAUGCCAUCAAAAUCGUUGACCUCACGACGUUUGGUGCAGGAACUUCAAGCUGGCCGUCACCAACAGUAUUUAAUUUUUAUGCAAAAGUCUUCUUGCAACAAGCAUGGAGUGUUUGGAAAUGUAAAAGAGUAAUUUACAAAUGGUAGAAAAAUUGUCUAAGCUUUUCAUUAUGCCAUGGAGUAGACAAGCAAGUAUCAUCAGUGGUAGGUGUGCAAGCCCUUAGUCCUCUUCUGCAUGUUCUUACAUCAAACUUCAUGCUUAGUCAAGCUAAUUAAGCUAAUGUCAUUACCACUAUGCUAAUUAAGACAUUAAUUAGCACAAUGAUAAUUAUGGUCUCACCAAUUACAGCUACUCUAAUAAAGACCUCUUAAGAUGAA